CGAUCACUCCAAUCUCCACCCAUAUAUCGUCCUUUAUUCUUCCAUUUCUUCUUAUUCUUCCACAUCAUCAUCAUUAUCAAGAAGAGAUUCAAAUUAAAACUCAAUCAAUAAGAUGAGAAUCACACAAAACGUCAAGCUCUUUCUCUUUUUCUUCUUUAUCUCCUUCCUCUUCAUCGCCGUAUCCGCCGGCGAGUCUAAAUGCGAGUGUUCACACGAAGACGACGAAGCGAACAAAGCCGGAGCUAAUAAAUACAAGAUCGCCGCAAUACCUUCCGUUCUCGCGGCCGGAGUUAUCGGCGUUCUGUUUCCGUUACUAGGCAAGUUCUUCCCGUCGCUUAAACCGGAGACGACUUUCUUCUUCGUGACGAAAGCCUUCGCCGCCGGCGUAAUCCUCGCAACGGGGUUUAUGCAUGUGUUGCCUGAAGGUUACGAGAAGCUGACGUCACCGUGUCUGAAAGGAGAAGCCUGGGAGUUUCCGUUCACUGGGUUUGUUGCAAUGGUCGCUGCGAUUUUGACUCUCUCCGUUGACUCUUUUGCCACGUCGUAUUUCCAUAGACUGCAUUUCAAGACGUCUAAGAGGAUUGGUGACGGUGAGGAACAAGACGGUGGCGGUGGCGGUGGAGACGAGCUCGGGUUGCACGUGCAUGCUCACGGUCACACGCACGGGAUUGUUGGCGUGGAAUCUGGUGAAUCCGAGGUUCAGCUUCACCGGACUCGAGUUGUGGCACAGGUGUUGGAAGUGGGAAUAAUAGUACACUCGGUGGUAAUAGGAAUAUCACUGGGAGCAUCACAAAGUCCAGACACUGCCAAAGCUCUCUUUGCUGCUUUAAUGUUUCAUCAAUGCUUCGAAGGACUUGGUCUUGGUGGUUGCAUCGCCCAGGGAAAUUUCAAUUGUAUGUCAAUUACAAUAAUGUCGAUCUUUUUCUCUGUGACGACGCCGGUCGGAAUCGCAGUCGGAAUGGCAAUUUCAAGCUCUUAUAAUGAGUCGAGUCCAACGGCUCUGAUCGUCCAGGGAGUCCUUAACGCUGCAUCUGCAGGCAUCCUCAUCUAUAUGUCUCUGGAGAAACACAAUCACAUACCGUAUAGCAUCGCCGGGUUACGCUCCUUCUCCGUUCAUGUAUUGAAACUAAAAUGUGUAUUCUACUUCACCUUCUGUAAUGUCAAAGGCUUUGAUAUCGUCGCUGGUUUCGUCGGAUUACAAGCCGAAGCCGCCCAACAAGAUGUGAAGCACAAUAAGGUCGAGUGUAAUGCUCCAAGCAAAACAGCUUUCGUGUUAGGGAUAAUCGCAGUGUCAUGUUUGGCAGCAGCUCAUCUCAGUGCCAAUGUGAUCGGAUGCUCUAUCUCCAAUCUAUUCCAAGCACUCGGCGCCUUACCUAAGAAUAAGAUCACUACAUACUUCAACCUGACAUGCCUUUGCAUCAAUUGGAUCAUAGGAAUAGCGGGAGCAUUGAUCCUUGCGGUGGGGAUAUGGUCGAACAGAGAGUCAAGAUCAGAAUGUGUAUUCACAAACAAAGUCCAUGUGUUUUCUAUCGGAGGCGAAGAUAGUUCAUGCUCAGGUUUCAAAGGCUAUGAAACUAAAGAAGAUAUAGAGAAUGUUUUGCUCAACACUUUUGAUGGCGCCGAGGCAGUAUUAGACCUAAAAGAAUAUAACCUUGAGGAAGAUUUGAUCGUCACCAAUCAACUAAUCGAUGAAUUAUCGAAACACAAUUCAGAGAUCUCGCCUACCAAUGUAAACACUAUAAAAUCUUCAUCAUCGGGUAUGUCAUCGCUUAUACAUAAAGAUUACAACAUUGAAGCUUUGGCUAACGCAAGUUCUGAAGAUCAUUAUAUAAAUCAAAUGAUUGGCUCAAAAGCAAAGGAAGAGACCAAUAAUCUUGCAAUAUUCCCUAACCCUCUUGCUCAACUUGACUGUGGACAAACGCAGUUGAUUUUUACCGAUGAGAUGUUACCAUGGGAGAAUCAAACAUUUGUACCUGUUAAGAGAUCUAGUCCACAAGAUCGAGAAGAGGCGAAGAAGAGAUAUUUCGAAAAGAAGAAGAAACGCAAGUUUGGGAAGCAAAUUAGAUAUGAAUCUCGAAAAUCUACAGCUGAUACGAAGAGAAGAAUGAAAGGAAGAUUUACAAAAGCUGGUGCUGAGCUUCAAUCUAAAGACUCUAUUCAUGCCUACUUCUCAUCUUCUGAUCAAGAUCAAUCUCAGAGCCCAACAAAAAUCGACCACGUCGUAUUUGGGAUAGGCUCAAGCACGAACUCGUGGCGUGCACGUAGCGAAUACGUUAAGCUUUGGUGGGAUGCUCAGAAAAUGAGAGGCUGCGUCUUUGUUGAGCGUCCCUUGCCGUCUUCGGAAAACCACACAGAUUCAAAUCUCCUUCCUCCGGUUUGUGUUUCCCAAGAUACUUCCCGGUUCAGGUACACUUGGGGAGGCGGUGACAGAAACGCGAUUCGAUUAGCGCGGUGCGUUCUAGAAACCGUCAGGCUAUUCAAUACCUCCUCAAAAGAAGUAAGAUGGUACGUAUUUGGAGACGAUGACACGAUUUUUAUACCUGAAAACCUUGCUCGAACUCUCUCGAAAUACGACCACACAUCAUGGUAUUACAUAGGAUCAACCUCAGAGAUCUAUCACCAGAAUUCAAUGUUUGGACAUGACAUGGCGUUUGGCGGUGGAGGGUUUGCUUUAAGCAGCUCAUUGGCUAAUGUUUUAGCUAGAAAUUUCGAUUCUUGUAUCGAACGGUAUCCACAUUUGUACGGAGGAGACUCUAGGGUUCAUGUUUGUGUGCUUGAGCUUGGAGUUGGAUUGUCUAAAGAACCUGGCUUUCAUCAGCAGUUUGAUGUGAGAGGAAAUGCAUUGGGAAUAUUGACAUCACAUUCAACGAGACCGUUGGUGUCACUACACCACCUGGCUCACAUUGACCCAAUCUUUCCAAACUCAACCACUUUCUCCGCCGUCCGCCACCUCUUCUCCGCCGUAGAACUCGACCCUCUCCGUAUAUUUCAACUUUCCGUUUGCUACGACCGUUGGUACUCUUGGACCAUCUCCGUCUCUUGGGGAUAUACCGUUCAGAUUGAUAGUAGGCAUUUGUUUCUACCGGAUGUUUUGCGGACACAAGAGACGUUUCGACCGUGGCAAGAUUCCGGCGGAUUGGCAAGUGUUUACAUGUUCAACACAAGAGAGAUUCAUCCUGAUCCUUGCCAACGACCAGUCACUUUCUACAUGCAACAUGUUUCUUAUAGUAGCCACAAUGGAACCAUUAAAAGUGUUUAUAAGCAGGCUUAUGAGAAUUGUACAUACGAUCCCAUUACAUCGCCUCGCAAAAUCAAAGAGAUUAGAGUGUUUUCAAGAAGACUCGAUCCCAACAUCAAACAAUUGAAAGCUCCCAGAAGACAGUGUUGUGAUAUUUUACCAACUUCUUCCACUGGUGGCAACAUAAUGGAAAUCGGACUGCGAGAGUGCAAAGAGGAUGAGUUCAUCUAUAUACAUCCCUAAUUUCACUGUAAUUAAUUAUAUAUUGCCAUCCAAUUUUGAACUUAAAUAUAGUUUUUUUUGUUAUGUAUAUUUUACAUUAAGUUGUUAAUUGGCUGGUUGCCUUUCAAUUUUUGGUGCAUUUUAGUCAUAAAUUUUUGAUUACUUU